GAUCGACAUCUGCCCGGGUGGCCUGGGCGCCAGGAACCAUGACGGUGGUUUUGGGGGCGGCCCUCACCACACGGCUCUCCCGGAGAUUUCCCUAAACCAGGCCCUCGGUGGGACCGCCCUCAGUUAUUAUAGGAAAGAUGGGUGACAUUAACCUCAAAGAAAUAACCUUAAUAGUAGGUGUGGUUACUGCUUGCUAUUGGAACAGCCUGUUCUGUGGGUUUGUUUUUGACGAUGUUUCAGCAAUACUGGAUAAUAAAGACUUGCAUCCAUCCACACCUUUAAAAACAUUGUUUCAGAAUGACUUCUGGGGAACCCCUAUGUCAGAGGAAAGAAGCCACAAGUCUUACCGACCCUUAACAGUGUUGACAUUUCGCUUGAAUUAUCUCUUUAGUGAACUAAAGCCAAUGUCAUAUCAUCUUCUAAAUACAAUUUUUCAUGCUGUAGUCAGUGUGAUAUUUCUUAAAGUCUGCAAACUUUUCCUGGACAACAGAAGCAGUGUGAUUGCUGCUUUGCUUUUUGCAGUACACCCAAUUCAUACAGAAGCAGUAACAGGUGUUGUUGGAAGAGCAGAACUUUUGUCAUCUAUCUUUUUUCUUGCUGCAUUUUUGUCAUACACCAAAUCAAAAGGACCAGAUAAUUCUAUAGUAUGGUCACCAAUAGCAUUGACCGUGUUUUUAGUGGCUGUUGCAACAUUGUGUAAAGAACAAGGAAUCACAGUUGUAGGAAUUUGCUGUGUGUAUGAAGUAUUUGUUGCGCAAGGGUAUACUUUGCCCUUAUUAGGUACUGCUGCUGGACAGUUUCUCCGUGGAAAGAGUAGUAUUCCAUUUUCUAUGCUGCAGACACUAAUAAAACUCAUUGUCUUGAUGUUCAGUACAUUAUUACUUGUUGUGAUUAGAGUCCAGAUUAUUCAGUCCCAACUUCCAGUGUUUACAAGAUUUGAUAACCCAGCUGCUGUAAGCCCAACUCCUACCAGACAGCUAACUUUUAACUACCUUCUUCCAGUGAAUGCUUGGCUUUUAUUAAAUCCUUCAGAGCUCUGCUGUGAUUGGACCAUGGGAACAAUACCACUUAUAGAAUCAUUUCUGGAUAUUAGAAAUCUUGCGACUUUUGCUUUCUUUUGCUUUCUUGGGGCUUUGGGAAUAUUUAGUCUUCGAUACCCUGGUGAUUCUUCUAAGACUGUUCUAAUGGCACUUUGUUUAAUGGCAUUACCAUUUAUUCCUGCUUCGAACCUUUUUUUCCCUGUUGGAUUUGUUGUCGCUGAGCGAGUACUUUAUGUUCCUAGCAUGGGGUUCUGUAUUUUGGUAGCCCAUGGAUGGCAGAAAAUUUCAAACAAAAGUGUAUUUAAAAAGCUGUCCUGGAUUUGUUUAUCCCUUGUGAUACUAACUCAUUCAUUAAAAACACUCCACAGGAAUUGGGACUGGGAAUCUGAAUAUACUUUGUUUAUGUCAGCCUUAAAGGUAAAUAAAAAUAACGCUAAAUUGUGGAAUAAUGUGGGUCAUGCUCUGGAAAAUGAAAAGAACUUCGAAAGAGCUCUGAAAUACUUCUUACAGGCUACCCAUGUUCAGCCAGAUGAUAUUGGUGCCCACAUGAAUGUAGGAAGAACUUAUAAAAAUUUAAAUAAAACCAGAGAAGCUGAAGAAUCUUACAUGAUGGCUAAAUCAUUAAUGCCUCAAAUUAUUCCUGGCAAAAAAUAUGCAGCCAGAAUUGCACCUAACCACUUAAAUGUUUAUAUCAAUCUGGCCAACCUGAUCCGAGCAAAUGAAUCCCGUCUAGAAGAAGCAGAUCAGCUAUAUCGACAAGCAAUAAGCAUGAGGCCUGACUUCAAGCAGGCUUACAUCAGCAGGGGAGAAUUGCUUUUAAAGAUGAAUAAGCCUCUCAAAGCAAAGGAAGCCUAUCUUAAAGCACUGGAGCUAGACAGAAAUAAUGCAGAUCUUUGGUAUAACUUGGCAAUUGUCUAUAUUGAACUUAAAGAACCAAAUGAAGCUCUAAAGAACUUUAAUCAUGCAUUGGAACUAAAUCCAAAGCAUAAGCUAGCACUAUUCAAUUCUGCUAUAUUAAUGCAAGAAUCAGGUGAAGUCAAACUUAGACCUGAAGCUAGAAAACGUCUUCUUCACUAUGUAAAUGAAGAGCCCCAAGAUGCUAAUGGAUAUUUCAACUUGGGAAUGCUUGCCAUGGAUGACAAAAAAGACAGUGAGGCAGAGAUUUGGAUGAAGAAAGCCAUAAAAUUACAAGCUGAUUUCAGAAGUGCUUUGUUUAAUCUUGCUCUUUUGUAUUCCCAAACUGCAAAGGAAUUAAAGGCACUGCCAAUUUUAGAAGAAUUACUCAGAUACUACCCUGAUCAUAUCAAGGGACUUAUUUUAAAAGGAGACAUUCUGAUGAAUCAAAAAAAAGAUAUACUUGGAGCAAAAAAAUGUUUUGAAAAGAUUUUGGAGAUGGAUCCAAACAAUGUACAAGGAAAACACAAUCUUUGUGUUGUUUAUUUUGAGGAAAAGGACUUACUAAAAGCUGAAAAAUGCCUGGUUGAAACAUUGGCCUUAGCGCCACAUGAGGAAUAUAUUCAGCGUCACUUGAGUAUUGUCAGGGAUAAAAUUUCCUCAUCUGGUUUUGUAGAACAGCCAGGAUUCCCAGAUGAAAAGACAUCAGACGAAGAGACAGACAAAAUUCCAGUUGAACAUGAGAAAGAAAUCAAAAGUGAAUCUACACCAGCACAGAUAAUAAAAACAAGUGAUAAUAAAAGUCACUCUAAAUCUAACAAACAAUUAGCAAAAAAUUCAGACAAAGAUGUCCCCCACAAAACAACAAAAGACAUCAAAGAAAUUGAGAAGAAAAGAGUUGCUGCUUUAAAAAGACUAGAAGAAAUUGAACGUAUUUUAAAUGGAGAAUAACAUCAUUCUUUCCUCAUAUGACAAUGGCAUCAGAGAACUUCUGUCUAUGUCAUGUGAUUGCAGGGAUCUUUCAGAAGUGUCAAGGACAUAUAGCAGUCUAUUGUAAGCUGCCUCUACAUAGGAUCUAAAUAAGAUUUCGUUAAAGAACUGUCUGAACUGAGGAUACCUAUUAUAUAAGACAGAGCAGAGGAUUUGCAUUUGGAUGUAUGAAUAUUGCAGAAAUACUAAAUUAAGGUGAUAAUUUUGAAACUUUCAUUAUGAAAGGGAGGAUUGUUUUUUCCGUGCAGAAUAUUUACUACUACAAAUUAAAUAAUUUGAGGCCUGAGUGGUGAUCUCUUGAAGACAUAUCUAACAUAUUGGCUUAUUCUGUAAAUCCAUUAGCCAACUUCAUUUUUCCUUUACCUCUUGAAUACCAGUGAUAGUUUGAAAAUACUAUUGAAUGCAUUCUUUUUUU